UUCAAAUUGCAAUUCCUUAUGAGGUUCAAAUUCUCAUCCUCUUCAAGCAUCCGAAAGAAUAGCUUUAAUAGAUGGGUUACCUGUGUCAAAAUUCGGGCUAGGGCCUGGGAAGAAAACAAAAAUGCGCGCGAAACCRACAUGGCGGAAGAAGAAGAUUUGGAUGAGCUAGAAAGCGAUGAAGCACUGGCUUAUCAACAGAGAAUUAAGGCAGCUCUACAUUACGGUGUUGGUAGGAUAUGCGAGCAAGUAGGUGAGGAGAAUGGUUUACAAUAUUCAAGACAAUUCAUAGCUGCUCUCACAGAGACAACAUAUCGCCAAUGUGAAUCGUUUGCAGUGGACUUGGAACUCUUCGCAAAGCAUGCGAAAAGAACUACAGUCAACUGUGAAGAUGUUAAACUACUUGCAAGAAAAAGCCCUGCUCUUUUCCAACAUAUCAAAACGUUCAGUGAUGAAAUCGCCGCUUCACAUGAAGCUCAGAAGGCAAACAAAAAGGCAAAACGAGCAAAAAACAAAGACGAACAGAACAAUGAAACAACAACCACUGCGGAAACAUAAGCUAUAUAUAUGUAAAAACCACUUCAAUUAAUAAAAAUAUACAACAGACUAAUUAA